CUCACCUGCUCUGGGACGUCAGCCUCGUCUCUGGAAAGGGUUCGCGUCGCACUGAUGCUCAUGCUCGCGCAGGUGUGAUGGAUGAGUGACAGCUUCCGCGCUUCUUUUUGUUUUUUCUUUUUUCUUUUUCAUUUUGUUUCGUUAUUUCUUUCUUAUACGCUGUUUGUAAGUUGGUGGCAGGACAGUGUGGAUGUCCCGCCCCGCGCUCAGAAGCGGAUUAAGAGGAUAGAAGACACCCGUUAGUCGGACAUGAAGACGUGCCAACUUGAUCCUUGCUGGUUGAACGUUGGACGAGAUGGAAGCAGAAAGAGGCUGUAGUCAGUGCCUCCAUGGAGCCCUGACGCACGGGGCCAGCAGCAGGUAAAUGGAGCAGGACCGUAGCCGCUCCCCGUCCCGCCGGACUAGCAGGGUUGAGCAGGUGGUGGGGCGAUGGUUGCGACGGUCCAGAGACUUGGGCAGCAGGUCCCACUCUCUAAGUCGGGACCGAGUGGAGAACAAGACUGGGGAGCGUGGCAGUUCCGAUCAGAGGAACUACCCCUUCCGUUUCAGUGUUCAGAUCCAGCGGGAUUCAAAUCUCAGCUCUCAUGGACUCACCUUGUCAACCGAAACACCCAUAUUAGUGCAAGAUGUCAUUCCAGGUGGUCCUGCAGAUGGCCGACUCGUCCCUGGCGACCAGCUUGUGAAAAUCAAUAACGUUGCUGUCGAUGAUCUGACCCCGGAGCAGGCUGCUGAAAUCAUCAGGGAGUGUCAGGAUACCUUGACAAUGACUGUUCUCAGAACAAUGAUGGGUCCAAAGUCCUCAUUCAUCACACCAGAGAAGAGAGCAAAACUCAAAUCCAACCCAGUAAAAGUUCGCUUUGCAGAAGAAGUGGAGGUCAAUGGACACUCUCAGGGGAACUCGCUGUUGUUCCUGCCCAAUGUUUUGAAGGUUUACCUGGAGAACGGACAGACCAAGGCCUUUAAGUUUGAACCCAGCACCACAGCUAAGGAUAUUGUGAUGACACUGAAGGAAAAGCUUUCCCUGAGCCAUAUAGAGCAUUUCUCUCUGGUGCUGGAGCAGCAGAACAGUGUCUCCAAACUACUGCUUCUGCACGAGGAAGAAAGAAUACAGCAGGUGGUGCAAAAAAAAGAGGCGCACGAUUACAGAUGCCUGUUUCGCGUUUGUUUUCUUCCUGUAAAUGCACAGAGUUUGCUACGAGAGGAUCCAACCGCAUUUGAGUACCUUUACUUGCAGGGGGUGAACGAUGUGCUCCAGGAACGUUUCGCUGUAGAAAUGAGGUGCAACACAGCCUUGCGUCUUGCAGCCCUGCAUAUGCAGGAGAGACUUUCCAGCUGUGGACAAUCGCCAAAGACAAACCUGAAGAUCAUCACGAAGACGUGGGGCAUAGAGAAUUUUGUUUCACCUACUCUGCUGAGGAACAUGAGAGAGAAGGACCUAAGAAAGGCCAUUGGCUAUCACAUGAAGAAAAGCGUUUCACAGAAUGAUCCCAAGCAGAAAAGUGUGUCUGUCAAUCAGGCACGGAUCAACUACCUGGAGGAGCUCAGUGAUCUGAAGUCAUUUGGGGGAAAGUCAUUCAGUGCCACCAUGAUGCUGCAGGACAGGGAGUCCAUGGUGAGCCUGUUGGUGGGGGCACGCUAUGGUGUUAGUCAGGUGGUCAACCAUAAGCUGAGUAUCCUGUCCAACCUCACCGAGUUUACGAGCAUCACACGAAUUGAGCUGCUUCCUGAGACUGAGAAGGUCAGCCUGGUCAAAAUCUACCUGCAGGACAUCAAGCCCAUUACAUUACUGUUGGAAUCAGCGGCUGCCAAGGACAUGUCCUGUUUGAUCGCAGGUUACUGCAGAGUCUUUGUUGACCCCAACCUGAACGUCUUUCCGUGGCCAGAUAUGUCACAGAAACAUAAAGUUUCAGCUGAGGAAGGUUAUGUUUCGAGGUGUGGUAGUGAGUCAGACAGCUCCGCAGACCUGGACAUGGACUCGUUGAUCACUGCCGUGUCCCGUGAUGAUCGGCCAUAUACGCGCACCAGGUCUUCUUCAGACCCAGACAGAAGACAGAGGAAAGACAGAGACAGAAAAGGAAGCAGAAUUAUCAAGGAAAUGGCAACAAAAACAAGAGCUGAGGCGCGAGAGAAUGAAGACAAAGAUGUUGACACGGAAAAGGAAACCUUGAAGGAUGAAAACUUUAAACAAGGUAUAAAUAACACAGCGCAGCACAAGGAUGAGACGGUUAGAAAUGAGAACAGGGUGCAAAUGCAAGACACGGCAACUGACAGUGGCUCACAGUGUUUGACUAAGCGGCCCACACGAGAUGCAGAAAGGAAAGUUUCAAGCCACAGACGAGUGGCAGAAGACCAGCCGUCAGAAAAUUCAGACUCCUGUCAAACCGACUCUCAUUUCCUUAACAGUCAGUCCAGUGACUCUCUUGAUGCCCUGGAGGAAGACGACUUGCUUUCAUGCUCCUCAUCAUCAAUCCAUCAAAAAACUACAAAAAGUCAAUCCAGUAUGCUUCAGAUCCAUCCUUUCUCUCACACACAUUCGGAAACGCAUCUCCUCAGUCCUCCACCUGCUCAUUCACAUCCUCUUCUCCGCCUUACAGAGGACAACAGUGAAGCUGAAAGUCACAGACGCUUGGGCGACGAAGCCGUUCCGCAACUCUCAAAAGCCUUUCCUAGUCCAACCAGCAGACAGUGUUUAGGUCUUUCCUGCUCUGAGGACAACACACUGUGUUUUGCUGAGCUGUCCCGCCUUAUCGACUUCUUGCCCAGCCCUCCAGAAGCGAGUGAAGAUGACGAGGAGGAGGAUAAUAAUGAGGAAGAGCUGAAGAGAAGAAGGGAAAUGAUGCAGGUUGAGAUGGACCAUGCUUUGAGAAGAGCAAGUGAGAGUGGUGUGAUCCCCAGGAAAGGGAGUUCCAAAGGACAGCUGACAUCUCCAUCUCAUCCAUCACCAAACAUGGAGUUUGUUUUCAACUUUAAUCAAGGCGAUGCGCGAUGCUAUUACAACCUGUGCUCCAACAUCACCCCCGACAGUGCACGCAGCCUUAACAGUCACCUCCAAGAAGAGGAGUUGGAGAGCGACACAAACAUUGCUGUGGAAGCAAUUCCCAUCCUGCAGCCACCUCCUGGUUUCGGAGACAGCAGCUCGGAUGAGGAAUUCUUUGAUGCAAAUGAUCGUUUCACCUCACAGGAAGACCAGACAUCAGAGGACGUGCUUCGAGGCUUUUCAAAAGACAUGAAACAGGACUUUCUGAGCACAUUGAGCCUAAAUGACAUCAGCGUCACUGUUGUGGAUGAAGAAAGAGAUGCCAACGCAGAUAAGGAUGGAACACACGACUAUGCGCCUGUAGAUGGUAAAGAAACGUUGUUCCAGUUGAGAAAGAGAUCCCGUAAGCGCCGCUCCUUCAUGGAAACAGCUUACACCUCUACAGUGUCAUAUCCAGACCCGAGUUUAAAGACACUGUCGUGCAUACUUCCUAACAACGGCAUUGAUUGCGGGAAUGAUCUCCAGGUGACUUCAGAACCUGAGCCAUCGGCGCAAACCCGCAGUCUAAGUGUUACUGUGUCCUCACUGAUAUACUCUGAAGGUGAGCCCUCACAACUUGAAUCCAAACCAAUUUCCUCUAUAUCAGGGUGUGGCUCUCAAAAACAUAACCCUCAGGGGCCCAACAAAAACAGGAAGCAAGAUAUGGAAAUGGAACCUGAAUCUCUGGAGUCCAAGUCAGUCACAGAGCACCUCGAAGCCGGCCCUCCUUCCAUCAACAUAGUUCGCUGCCGUGUAGAUCCUGAUGGCAAGGAAAGCGCUGACCGUCAGGGAGAUGGAAAAGAGGAAGGGGAGGGCCAGAGGGCGAUCGACGAAGAGGAGAAGACCAGAUUGACAGAAAAUGGAAUAUUUGCUUCUCAUUUCUUUCUGGACUUAAACAGCGAGGGAGGAAAAAAGCAUGACACGUGUCACGAGAGUGGGACUUCUGACCAACUGGUUUCAACAAGAUCAGUGCUUGGGACUGGAUGGCACAUCAGCUCAAAUGCUCUGUCUACACCGUCUACGACUGUCACGGACAGACAACCAGUAGGGUACGUGACUGCAGCAGGACCAGACUUGAUCUCAAAGGAACACAAACUUGAAGUCCACUCAGUGCCUCCCUCUGUCUCACCACCACCACCACCUCCCGCCCCACUGUCACCUUUGCUUCCUGCAGCACCGCAGCAAACGUUCCAAAAUGUGAGUUCAGCAAACAGGAACAAAACCAUGGUCGCCGUAACGACCUCAUUUGAGAAGAAGCUGUUGGUCAAACAAAACCUCCCAAUCAGAAACUUUUUGGACAGUGUUAGUGAAGAUGAAGAAUUAUGUGACAUCGAUCUUGAGCUGAAUGCUUGUGACGAAAUUACUGAUAGCAGCAACUCGGACAACGUUUUCGAUGAUGACGAUUUUACUUGUCAAGAUGUUGCUGGAGAAGAGUUGGCUUCUGUUGUUGAUAUGUCGAUCAUUUCUGCAGCCAAAGGGAAAAAUGAGCAAAUGAGAACCGAAGCUUUCAGAAGAGGAAAUCCAGAUCCGCACACCGACAUUACAAACUCCGGUGCUGCAUCUUCAGUCAUUGCUCCUUCAUUUAAUUUGGAUGUUAGAUUAAAAAGUAGCCUGCCAUGCAACAAUUUUCCCCCCAAACUGUCUUCUCCAACUCGUCUUCUUGUCCAGUCAUGUUCCCCUACUAUCAUGGGCCGCUUGUCAGCAUCAACACUUCAUGAGAAGAUAAUAAAUUUACCACUUUAUUUUUCUCGUUCUCAAGAGUCCCUGAACCAGGCAGGCUUGGAAAAUACUAAGGAACAAUGUCUGGGUGAGGUCAAAGAUGAAAAAGAAAUAACAAUCAAACUAACAGAUGUCCAUGAUGUCACACAGACAAUCGAUCUGAGAAUUGAUGCAGAGCCAAUGGAGUCAGAUGACUCUGAUGCAACAGUAACUGGCUCAGACAUAGAUGCUGAGAUAGCAGCUAAAGCUGCUGACAGGUUCUGCGCCAGUCAAGAAUCUGAGAAGAUGUUGGUAGAUGUAGACAGCCACCCAGUGCAGGCUGAACCAAAAUCACACCAAAGAACUGAAGCUGGACCCAACAAAAAUAUACCUGGUCCAAUAACAAGGCCGCCAACCUCAAUAGCAAGCACCUUCCGAAAAGAUAGCCCAGAUCUGGACACUCCGGGGCCAAUAAAAGAUGCUCCAGAAUCACUGAUGCCAACUGUCAAUCCUUUUGAACAUUUACAAGAUUUUACUGCUCAGUCGCCCUGUAAGCCCUCUCCUGUUGUGGUGACCACACAGAAUCUGAAUGGGCCGGGCUUGCUCUUUCACAGUCACUCAGAGAAGUGUGGCAGGACCAGUAGUGAUAGACCACUGAUGGGUUUUUGUAGCGCCGCAGAGCUGGACACAGACGCUCCACUGACUGUUUCUUCAAGCUGCAGCAGCAUGGUAACAUUAUGUGAAGACUCACCCAAAACUGAGGGGCUGGCAUCUCCGUCUAUGAAGCCAGAGUCAUUCUCUUCAGCACUGGCAUCUGGAUGUGAGUCUGUUGCAGAUGGGGUGCAGAUGCCACUGGAUGCUUGCGGUUGUCCAGCUGUCUAUGCAAACUGUUUCAGCAGCGAGGCCAGCUUUGAUGAAGAGCUGACAGUGUAUGAGUUCUCAUGCCGCAGCAGAGGCGUGACUCCUGCACCAGGAGCCAUUCUUCCUCUCACCACAUCAUCUCUUACUCCAUCUUUUCUCACCACCUCUACCGCCCACUCCCCUCCGUGUCCGCCCUCCCUCAUCUUCUCCCCCUCUACGUCAGAACUCAGCCCACUUCUCUCUCCACUCUCUCAUGCCUCGGACUGUUACCUGCCUCAGACGCAGAAGGAGCCCAUCAGUCGGCUGGGGCAGCAGCGCUACCCGGACUGUCCUGCUGGUUUCAAAGUGCUCAGAGUAGAUGUUGAUCAGCUACUUUCCAUUCUGGAAAGUCAUCUAGGUGAACGUUCUGAAGGAUGUUACGGAGGCCGCCACCCCAGGGACACCUGUCCAGCCCACUUUACAGAGAACAAGCGGUUGCUCCAAAUGGAGGCGCGUAAACUGAUGUCAAGCUGUCAGGACGUAGUGGGGGCCGGCCAGAGUCCAGAAAGCAUACUGGAGUCGCUGGCUGACAGUUUCCGCACCCUUGUUGAUUUGUCAGGAAUAUGUCUUUGGUUUUCUGGUUGUGACCGGUGUGACAGAAGGAACGCUGAAGCAGUGUCUGGUCUGACAGAUGUUACCCGAUCAUUCAGGGAUUUCUGUCUAGCAGCGGAGAGGGUAAGCAACAAGCGGAGCUGCCAGGACCUGAGCACCAAGCUGCUCGCCAAACAGUGCACUGCACUCACUGCCUCAGUCUUCUGCCUCACUCAGCUCUUCCGCACUUUAACAGCACUUUGAGUGGACAGUCAACCACCUGUCCUCGAAACAGUGAAGUGACACUGGCUCUUUUUCUACCUUUACAAAUGCUGAGGUGAAUUAGUCUUUGAAGCACACCGAACUCCAUAAUGGCCGACGUUAACGCUGAGCGUCAAGUGUCUGGUGGUUGUGAGCAUGAUACUGCCGGUGGAGAUUGUGCUGUGGUGUGAGCUGCAAAAACGACCUAUUUUCAUUCCAGUAGCAAGGAAUCGAUGUAUCUGAAUGUAUUCUCUUUAUCGAUUUCAUAAACUGCAGUGUUUCCACUCAAGUAAAGAAUGUAAAGCCCCCCAAAAGAUGAUAUUUAAUCAUUUAUAGCACAUAAAAGGAACUGUUCUUCAAAGGUGGUUCACUGAUGGCGUGUGUUGACAAUUGCCUGACAGUCAGAGAAUGUUUCUUUGAACGUCAGUGUUUACAAAACCAAAUAUAAGAGUGGUGGGAAGUAUCAACUCAAAUUACAUAACUCAAGCUGUCUUUAGCAUUUUCUAUCUCCCUCUUGUAGCAGAAUGCUUACGUAUGCGCAUAUAAGACUUUAUAUAAAGGCCAGUAACAGUUCCGGUGACAAGAUGUUCUUUGCACAAUCUUAAUCUUUAUUGCACAGAUGUUUGGUAUGGAUUCAUGAAAAGUGAAAUAGCAGCCCAUAUUAUCGUCUCAUAGAAUUCUCCACGUCCAGGUGUCGGCUGCAUGGAUUUGUGACUUGAUGUCUUAUAACUUCACAGCUGGUUGAUGGCUCAGCUGCGCAUCUGAAGACAAUGAGGCAGUCUCUCUCUCUCCUACACCAAGUGCAUUUUAACUACAGAUUUACUAACAUGACUCGUGUUGUCAAGCAGCUCCGCCUGUUUGAGUUUGCAGUUCAUCGUGGACAUCACUGGCUGAAAGUCAUCUCAAAGCGUUAUUGUGCAUAUUUGUUAGUAGCAUUUAUACCUGGAACGUUACUUCAGUUUUUUCACUUUAGAUCUGCAUGGCCACUGAAGACAUGACAAGAUAUAGUUUCACUGGGAAUACAGUGCAGUAUGUGACCGCAUCUUGACUUAUAUCUGGAUCUUUGCUGAAACACAUUUGUAUUCAUCAACGUCUUGGUUCUCGCAGAAUUUAAAUCCAGGUGAUUUAUUUUGCAAGUGUAUCAUUUUUGCUAACUGAAAUUGUCUUGUCCAAGCUGCUAUGAGAAAGCGUGGUCACUCAGCAUGCUGUUUAGAUGCCAGAGCCCCAUGGUUCAACCAAUCAGGGAUUCGAUCAGUGUAUGAUUGAAUGGUGAUGUCUGCUCUUGCAAAUGCUGAAUCCCACCAUUAAAGGUCGU